CCGGCUCAGAACGACACUAGGGCGGAACAAGCGCAGAAGCCACGUUAGAUGUCUUCACCAGCCUCAACUAAACCUACGCCGGUAGCUAUCGAGAGCUCCAUGUUACACCUUCUACCUAGAGGAGAACGACGAUCUUGACCUGGACUCCAAUUGGGGACUGCUGCUAUCCCUCCAUAUCAACUAGAUCCCUGAGAACUCCCUCACGGCCAGAGCCAUGGCUGAGAUAUUAGACCAGGUCCGCGACGUGGCCGAGGGCCAGAUUGACUUUGAGGGUCAGAAGUUGUCAGAGCUGAUCGUUCACGUCGCUUUAUCAGCAGUCGGGGCACUGGCAUUUAUCGUUGGCUACGCUCUCCAGGACAUCAAGCUCGCCUUAUAUAUUGGCCUAGGUGGCACAGCUCUGGUUUUCGUCCUCGUCGUUCCGCCUUGGCCUUUCUUCAACCGGAAUCCCGUCAAGUGGUUGCCCGUGGGUGGGGCAGCGACUAUAAACACACCACAAAACCUAGUAAUCGAUGAGAAAUCUAUACGAUGAGACACGUGGCUGAGCCGGCGAAGGAUAUCACGCGAGUUGUAUUGUCUAGGCAGAUGACCCAGAGCAGUGGGCAAGAGAGCAGGCACCCCAAUACAAC